ACAAAGGGUCAGUACUGCUAUGGUUGAAUAUUACUAUUAGGGACAUAAGGUAUAAGCAAAUCUCUCAUGACUAAAGUGCGAAGUAGAAUUGUACUGAUUGCAAUCUGUAUAUAAGCAAUAUAUCUUUGAUUUGAUGUUAUCUGACAAGAUUGACGCGCUCAGAUAAAUCAAAUUUCUGAAAAUACGUACAUGUUUGAUUUGGGAGGUUAUGAAACUAUUGUUAUAGAUACUGAGCAUUAUGAAGACUUUCUCCAAUAAAGCGAAACCAAACGUUAAAUACGUACAUACGGAGAUACUUUCAUCGAAGAAAAGUACUGGUGUAAACGUUAUUCAUGAACAUUUUCAUUGCCACACCAUCGUUUUCGAAAUCAAAUUAACAUGUUUGGCAGAUUAUUAUUAUUACAAGAUGGAAAACACGUGGGCAUUUUAACAAUUGUGUGUAAAUAGUAAAGAAUAAUGAAAUAAGUGUACAUGUAAUGAUCCUCGUGUUUUUGAUACCUGAGUUUUUUCAUUGUUCAAUUAACAUUCUUCCCUGACAUUUUGAUCCUUGUUCUCAAUGAUAGUAAACAAAGUGCAUAAGUGUAUUAAAUGUUUUUAAAUAUCAUUAAACAGGGUAAAAAUAUAUGUAUAUAUAUACAUAUAUAUAUAUAUAUAUAUAUGCUGAAGUUAAAAGUAAUUAUGAGAUUAUUAAAAUAGAAAGAAAAACUGUCUAGGAAACAAUUUUAAUCCAAAAGCACGGAAUAAUGUGUACCUUAAAUAAAGUUAUAUCCAAAUUCCUUUAUAGGAAAUAUAACACACACACAUUAAGUUAUAAAUUAAACAGAAGUUUCUAAAUUUGUCACUUAAUAAGAUAUCAAGGCGACAUGUUCCCUAAUAUAUGCAUGUGGUUAUGUUAACCAAAUUCUUAUAAAAUGUCAGUUGCCUCUUGUUCAAGAACUAGGAGAAUGGAUGCUAUAAGUAGUCAAGAAGAAAUGAUAUAUGAAAAAUGGGAACGUUUUCAUAAUUGGGUACAUUGCAUGUGUAUUGUUACUUUUGAUCUUGAAUUAGGUCAAGCUAUAGAGGCUAUAUAUCCAUCUCAUAUCAAACUAUCUGAACAAGAGAGAUCUAAUGUUUGUUAUCUUGCUUUUCCCGAUUCUAACUCUGGUUGUAUGGGAGAUACACAAUAUCAUGUCAGAAUAAGACAGAGUGGAGCUAUCCUUCAAGAGACUAAAGCCUUAAAAGAAUAUGAUAGAAAGUCACCUCCAUUUUUACAAUGUGAUAAAGAUUAUUAUUGGGGUUAUGUAUACUUUCGUCAAGUGAAAGAUAAGUCUCUUCCAAGAGGAUAUUUCCAAAAGAGUAUUGUUAUAAUUACAAAACUGCCAUUUGUGAAUCUCUUUGGUGAAUUGUGUGCUUUAAUUGCACCUGAAUUUUUUGAAAUGGGCAAUGCAGUGAUGGAAGCUAUUGUAAGAGAAAUUGAUCAAUGGCCUCCUCCAAUACCAGGCCAAGUAGUGCAUUUACCACUUAUAGGUGUUUUAUUCCAGACAUAUAUUCCAAAUCAAAACUAUAAAGCAACUGCACCUACAAUUGCUGCCAUGGAUCAUGCGCCAAAUUUUCAUGCAACUCGAAGACUAAUUUUAACAUCUGCCAAUGAAGGAGAUAUGUUUAGAAGUUUAGCUAGUGUUGUAAGUUAUGUACAUUUAUUAUGGGAAUUAGUAUUACUUAGUGAACCAAUUGUUGUUAUGGCUGGUUCACCUACUGGUUGCUCUGAAAUGGUCCAAGCACUUAUUGCGAUGAUUGCACCAUUAAAAUAUUGUGCUGAUCACCGACCUUAUUUUACAAUUCAUGAUUCUGAAUUUAAAGAAUAUACUACAGAUGCUCCAUCACCACCUGCUGUAAUAUUAGGUGUAACAAAUCCAUUUUUUGCCAAAACUCUACAACAUUGGCCUCAUAUUAUAAGAAUAAGUAAUGGAACUAGUAAUGAGAAUCAAAGGUACAAAAUAAAGAAAUCAGAGAAUCUCAAAAUAUUAGAUUCAAAGCCAGGAGUUUAUACUCAGUAUAAACCUUUCCUUCAGAAGGAUAAAACUAUAUUGAAGAAAUUAUUUAGAGGUAUCCAAACAAAGAGGCCAGGGGAAGUGCAAACAGCUCUUUUAAAACGUCAUUUGAUAGAAUUGACUGAAAGUUUUAUGAUACCUCUUGAAAGAUAUAUUGCAAGUCUUAUGCCAUUACAAAAGGACAUAUCACCUUUUAAAGCUACACCUAUACCUGAAUUAUUUAAUCCAAACGAUUUCUUAGCUACUUUAAGUAGUGCUGGGCCACAAUUAACCACAGGCAUAAAAGGAGAUUGGGUAGGAUUAUAUCGACGAUUUUUCCGUUCACCUAAUUUUUCUGGUUGGUUUCAUACUAGAUACACAGAGUUAUCACAAAAGUUACAAGUUAUACAACUUGAGGCAUUAUCACAAGCGGAUUUAAAAACCUGGGUGCAAGGAAAGCAGGAGGUAGAAUUGGUAGAUAUGAUUCUUAGAAUUCGGCAGAAAUUAGAAAAGACUUAUGUUGAUGAAGUACCUAUAGGCAAUUCUGUAAGGGAAAAACUUCAAGAAAGGAUAAAUGACAUCACACAUACAUUGCCAGAUGAUUUAAAAGGCAUUCUGAAUCAUGAAUCUUGACAUUACGAUUACUGUAUUAAUUUUAAAACUCGUUAAAUGGAAUCAUCAUUUAAAAAUAAUUUAAAGUUAUCAACAUGUGAUGAAAGAAUUAGAUUGAAAAUAUUUCCAACAGUUGACUCUGUUGAUACAUAAUAAAAAAUUGACUUGAAUGAAAAAAAUAGUGACUAAAGUGUGUAAAAGACAUAAAAAUGUAGAAAAAUAACUGUUGAUGUACUUUGGAAAAAGUAAUUUAUUUUUACUUGUAAUUCCAUUGUUGAUUGAAAUGAUUAAAUACUCUGAAGUGGAUAUUAUAGGAUGAAAUAUUCUUUUUAUAUGUAACAUGAAACGUGAUACAAAAGUCAAUAAUGGUGCGUGAAAUAUUUCAUAGGUGCAACAAAAGACUUAUGAGCUCACGUUAGUAUUCCUACAAUUAUAAAAUGUUAGGUAUAUUUAUCAUGUUUCUUUUCUGUAAAUGAUUGUAUUGUUUUCUAAUAUUUUACAAUUUAUAUCUACGUUGUAUAACCAUGUCUCUUCCUCUAACCAUCGUUUAAUUUAAACAAUUUUUAAUAAUAUCGGACUCCUUUUUCAAACGUCCAAAAAAUAUAUUUUUUAUCCCAAAAGUUAUUAUAGAUUGUCAUCGUGUGUGGAGGUAACAUAAAAAAGAGAGUACUAACUGCUAUAUGUACAUAUGUGUUUAAUUUGAGAUCUGUAAAUAUUGAUAUGAAUGAUAAAUGUAAUAAAGAUUUAUUUUAAUAA